AUGAAAACUGAAAAUCAUGAAAGUCGUAACUUCCUGGACCAUUUGUUACAGCAAAAACAUGAGAAUGCCUGUAAGAAGCUGGCAAGGGCAAAAAGAAAAGUAUUCGAUUCUGGCGUGCAGCGGGCAACCGGCUCCGAUAUCACCAUCGAUAACGUCAAGAAUGCUCGCAAGGAGCGUGAGAAGCUUGGCGGUACGUUUCCGAGGCCAAAAACAAGCUGGCGUGAGAAACAUGAGACAUUCGUUAGCGCAGUAUCGGCAUCCAAGCAAGUCAAUUAUGCUCUCCGUACCGGCACACCGCUGCCGCCACCACCAAAGGCUUCAACACCGAAAGAUUAUGUUAAAUGCGAGUAUUGUGGACGAAGCUUCAAUGAAUCCUCUGCUCAACGGCACAUACCCAUUUGCAAAACACAACACGAAAAAAAGGGGCCAGUGAAGGCGGCGGCUAGUACAAAACCAUCCAAUACUAGCACGAUUGAAAAGCGUUCUAUUGCUAAUGGAUCAUCAUUUCCAAAGGAAUGCACGUUUAAUCUGGAAACUGUUACUGGUGGCAUGUAA